AUGCUGUCCAGAGCAUCAACACGAGCAUUAUUAGCGGCUUCGCGAUCCCCAGCGACACAAACCCCCUUCCGCCAUGUACGAGACUUCCAUUUAGAGGCGAAAGACAUUCCUACUUUCCUCUCAAAAGCUGGCUCAACUUUGCCGGCUUCUGUUCAAAUCGAAUCCGCUUCAACCUCGGCGGCUCGGAGCAGCGAAGGCGUCGCAGUGCUGAUAUCUGCUGAUCGUGACCCGCAAGCGUCGUGGCCAAGCGGCAGUGGUGCAGGCAAGGGCAAGUUUUACGGACCCAGCAUCCUCUCCGCUCCGCUGUCCAGCGUGCGUGCCCUAGACAGCACCUACUUCGGCAGAGGCGGGCUCGGACUGCUCAAGCUGCGCCAGCAUUCUCCCGAGUCGAUCGCGCAUGCUGCUGUGCGAUCCAACACUUCCUCACUCCCCGCUUCGGCGCUGGGAUCGCUCGUCCAUGGCUUGACUGCAAAGGAAGCACCCUCGGUCAUCGAGGCAAUGUGGGACAUCUUUGACCGGUACGAGGGUCUCUGGUUCAGCUUCACUCUGGUCCCCUCCGGCGAAGGUGGAAUCCGGGUAAUCGCUCCAUAUUUGGAGUUCGAUGACUUCGCCGUACGCCGACAGCCGCUGCUCAAGCCGUACUUUGAGUCACGUCCGCGCAACGCCAACACAGCUCGCGCCGAAGAUGGCGGGUUGUUCUAUGUCAAGCUCUCCGAUGUGGAUGCGCCGACACCGACGCAGACGGAGGCAGGAGGAGAGUCGCCAGACGGAAACGUGGGCUGCUUUGGGUACGGCGCUGGUAAUGCAAUGGCUACCAUGGAUGGACUCAACGUGGCUGGCGGUAGACCAGCCAACUUCUUAGACGGUGGAGGUGGAGCGAACAGAACCAACGCAAAGUUGGCGGUAGAGACGCUGAACAGGGACCCUGCGGUCAAAGCCAUCUUUGUCAAUACCUUUGGCGGCAUCACGAGAACCGAUAUCGUGUCGCAGGGCAUCAUAGAUGCAGUCAAGGACGACAAGAUCACCAAGCCCAUCGUGGUGCGAAUGAAGGGUACCGGCUCAGAAGAUGCUGCCAAGGUCCUGCAAGCGUCUGGACUCGAGUUUGCCUUCCACGACGACUUCAAUGCUGCGGCUGCUCAUGCGGUCAAGGCUGCCAAUCAGGGUCAUCUGUGA